AUGUGCUUACAUCAGUCAGCGUUGAGCAAAUGCACAAGUGAGUUGAAUUUUUCAUUUUCAUUUGCUUUAUCUCACCUGAGAUCAUUCAGAUAUGCAUGCCGAUCUCAUAGAUUUAUGGAUGGAUAUCACAAAGGUCUAACAGGAAAGCAAGCUGCCUGGGCCACUAAGAUAUAUAAAGGAUAUCAAGUCCUCCCUAAUUCCAUUCUGGCAGAACUCGAGAACGCUGGACUCUGA